UUUUUUUUAGUUUAUUGAGGAUGGCAGUCGGAGAAUGGUAUUGAUAUAAUGGCGUUUGUUCUUUUUUCUUUUUCGAUAAAUGCUGAAUGACAUUGGUCUUUGUUUUAGAAGUAUGCUGCACCCUAAGAACAAUGCCUUGCUCUCAAGUCUCCGAGUACCUAAAUUGGUGAUGUACUAAAGUUCAGUUUGAACUGGUGGACAUGCACAUCAAAAGACGUUUGACUAUUUGAAUCCAAACAUUCUUUAUUUCUUUAUGUUUGUUCCUGAUAGCCUAUCUUGGAUUUGAAAAGAAGACCCGUAUUGGCCGGGCACCAAGUGUACUCUUUUUUCUAUAGCAAAGGCAUAUUAAGCCAAAGAAGGAAUUUUUUUCUUCGAACAAUUUCAAUGUCCUUGUUGAGAGUGAGCUCUAUAAGACGUCUAGAGGUCUCUUAUUUAAUCUUCGAAUGGUAGGUCUCAUUUGGUUCCUGGCUAAAGAUGCACCUUUGAUUAUUUGGUUAUACGUGUAUUCCCUAGACAUUAUUUUCAAUCUCUAGGGUGCUUAGUUAUCUUAAAACUCUCUAAUGUCUUCUUUGACGAUCAGUAAUAUUUUACUAAAUAGAGAAGAUAGAGUCAAACUAUCAAUAACCCAUUGUUAACGCUUUAAUAUAUUCACAAGUAUCCUAUAGCUAAAUCUAUUACUCAACAUUUCUAAUUUGGCCUAUGGUAUUUUUAAAAGUUCAACGGAAUCAUACUAAUUAAAAAAGGAAAAAUAGUUUUGACUUUUUAAAUAACAAUGUCAAUGAUAAUUCAUUUUCGCUAUGGAGGAGGAUCAGUUCGGGAGGAAAAAAACCGUCGGGGGGGUUUGGGGUUGGGAGGUUUGACCAUUUACAAUCAAAUAAAUUAAAUGGAUAAAAAACACUUUCUCCAUUUUUUAAAAUUUUUAAUUCUAAUUCUCCACAUCACAUAUUUUGAAAUAAUAAAAUCAACGAGCAUUUCAAUACAUUCUAAAAGAUCGUAAGAUUUAAAAGUUCCUUUUCUUUCUUAAACUCUCCGCAACAACGACGACAUACCCAGAAGCGUAUUCCCAUAAAGUGAAAUUUGAGAAGAGUAAAGUGUAUGCAGUCCAUAUUACUAUCUCAAAUGAAAUAGAAAAGUUGUUUUCUCCAGUAAAAUUAGAUUCUUAAAUUAAAACGUGAAAUGUUAAAUCAAAAUUAGUGAAAUAAUGUUAGUUGGCUAAUUCAUUUUAUUAAAAGGAAAUAAAGAGCCAUCCAUGGUAUUUUGGCGGGGGUUUAGUUUAGUUUGGAGGGAAGCAAAAACGGACAUUGUUUUUGUUCCAUGCAAUACGCAACUGGAGUACUUACUAGUAUUACCCAAAACCCCAUGCGUUUCCAUUUUUCUCCCACCAAACUCAUCAAAAUUUCCCCCCCUCCCCCCCCCCCCCCCCCUUUCAAAACCCUAAUUCUCAAUUUCCAUAACUAGGGUCGUUUUGCAUGUAAAAUGCCUCUCGACUCGCCGGCCGUCACGCAGAAUGAUACUGACCUAGGCCCAAAUGAGUCUGAACCGAGAUCACAACUCACCAAAAUUGCUAACCCUUCCGAAGAUUUUGAAAAGAAGGCUUCAAGCAAGAGACUGAAAGAUGUUGAAAUUUAUGUCCCAAUAGUCUAUGGAACAAUUGCGUUUUGGCUUGGCAAGAAAGCCACUGAAACUCAGUCACAUAGGUGGUCAGUAUAUGUUCGUGGGGCAACAAAUGAGGAUCUUAGUGGGGUUAUCAAGAAAGUUGUUUUUCAAUUGCAUCCAAGCUUUAAUAAUCCUGUUAGAGUGGUAGAAUCACCCCCCUUUGAGUUGUCAGAAUGUGGUUGGGGUGAAUUUGAAAUUGCGAUAUCCCUUCACUUCCAUGAUGAUGCUGGUGAAAAGAAGUUGGAUUUGUAUCAUCAUUUGAAGUUAUACGCAGAGAAUGAGCAUGGUCCCCAGUCAACAAAGAAACCUGUUGUUGUGGAAACCUACAAUGAGGUUGUAUUCCCUGAUCCUCCCGAGGAUUUCUUUUCUCGUAUCCAGAACCAUCCUGCAGUAGUCGUGCCACGGCUUCCUGCAACAUUUAAGUUGCCUCCUGCACCGAUUGAGGAUCUGCACGAGUCGAAGAGAGGUGAUACGAAAAACCAUCCUCUUAGUCCAUGGUUCAUCAAUUUCUCUGAGGCCGAUGAACUCUUAAAACUCACAGCAGCUCGUCAGAGGGUUCAAGCUCACAUUGUUAAGCUGAGAAGGCAGUUAAGUGUGAUGGAUGAGCAACCCCCUACAUGCAAACUGGAUUCUGAUUAGAGUAUGUACAUGAUUGGUCGGUCACAUAAAGAACAUGUGAUGUUCUUUUGUACAUGUUGACAAGCUCAGUUAGUGGAAGUUUGUCUUCGUUUCUCCAUCCAUGUCUUGUUAAAAUCUCCAUCUGACCCUUCCAUUACACCCCCACCCCCCUCUCGGUCCCUCCUUUCAUUUCUAUCUCCUCCUUACGCUGUGUAUUACAGGCUGUACUAUGUCCUGGAUAACGCAGGAUAUUUUCUGUAACAUCUAGGAUAUUUGUGUUAGUCCGGUUCCUCUGUAAAGAAGAUUGUUACCAAGGUUUGUGGUUAAACUAUUUGUCAAAUGAAAUGGAAGAAAAAACCCUGACUAAAGUUUUA